AUGGGUAAAGACUCACACGUAUUUGACCUCAAGGCCAUGACCUCGAGGCCAUCGAUCUUGAGAUCCAAUUCGGCCUACCUCGGACCUUCCAUCUCAAACUCCAGAAUCGUCAAUGUCGACGAAAAGGGUAACAUUGUCUCUGAGAACAACUCCAUUAUCUCCGUGGAGGAACAGGAGUUAAAAAAGGGAUUAAGGAAUAGACACGUCCAGUUGAUCGCCUUGGGUGGUGCUAUUGGUACCGGUCUUUUCGUUGGCUCUGGUCUUGUCUUGUAUCAGGUCGGCCCCGCCGCCCUCUGGCUUUCUUAUAUCGUCUUGUCCACCAUUGUGUGGUUCGUCAUGAACAUGUUGGCAGAAAUGGCUGCUUUCUUGCCCGUUCCAGGUGCUGGUUCCCAGCAAUUUAUUAAUGACUACACUGACCCCUCCAUCGGUUUCGCUCUUGGCUACAACUACUGGUAUGGUUUUGCCAUUUUGGUCGCCUCUGAGGUCGUCGCUGCCGCCAUUGUCAUUCAGUAUUGGACCACAGAUGUACACAUUGCCGUCUGGAUUUCCAUUUUGCUUGCUGGCAUGUUGAUCUUGAAUUUGAUGCCGGUUCAAUUCUACGGUGAAGUUGAGUUUGUGCUCGCUGCGAUCAAAUUACUUGCAAUCACUGGUCUUAUUAUUUUGGGUAUUGUUUUAUUCUUUGGCGGUGGUCCAAAGGGCGACAGACUUGGUUUCCGUCAUUGGAAACAUGGUAACGCUUUCCACGAGCACAUGACUGGCGGUGACACUGGUCGUUUCUUGAGUUUCUGGACCGCUGUGAUUAAGGCCGGUUACUCUUUCAUUAUGAGUCCUGAGUUGAUUGUCGCUUGUUCCGGUGAGGUUUCCAACCCUCGUCGUAUUUUGCCCAAGUGUGCCAAUCAGUUUAUUUACCGUUUGGCAUUCUUCUACAUCUUGGGUUCCUUGGUCAUCGGAAUUAUCGCCGACUCCAGAAGUGAGCGUUUGAGUAGUGAUACUGGUGAUGCCUCGGCCUCUCCAUUCGUGCUUGGUAUUCAGAAUGCCGGUAUCCCUGUCUUAAACCAUAUCAUCAACGCUGUCGUUUUGAUCUCGGCCGCUUCUGCUGGAAACUCCUUUUUCUACGCUGGUUCGAGAACAUUGUACUCCCUCGCAUUGAGAGGAUUGGCUCCAAAAUGUUUCACCUUUGUUAACAGAUGGGGUAUUCCAAUAUACUGUGUGUUGAUCACCUGGUGUGUUGGUUGUUUGUCAUACUUGAACGUUUCGAGUUCUUCUGCUCAGGUUUUCACCUGGUUUUCCAACAUCACCACCAUUUCCGGUUUCAUUUCUUGGAUCUUUGUUGCUUUUGCUUAUUCUAGGUGGAGAAAGGCUGUAGUGGUACAGGGUCUCGAGGACAGGGUUCCUUACAGAACAUUAUUCCAGCCUUUCGGUGCCUACUACAUUAUGUUUAUGGUUGGUUUGAUUACGCUCACCAACGGUUACGCUGUGUUCUUCGACUUCAAUAUUGCUGACUUCCUUGCCGCCUACAUCACAUUCCCAAUCGUCCUUGGACUUUACGUUGGCCACAGAACAUAUUCAUACUUCUGGGUUGGCCGUAAGAGAUGGCUUAAUCCUUUGGAGAGUUUCGACUUCAGCAAAUUGGAGCUCGUUGAGGAGGAACAGAGAAACACCCCACAGCCUAAUCCAAAAAACGCAUGGGAAAAAUUCCUCAAUGUGAUCUUCUGA